AUGAACGGGACGGGCCGGGGGUUUUGCGAACGCGGCGGAACGCUGCCGGCCGGGGCUCGGCCCUUGGUCAGUGCCCUGAUGUUCUCCGCAGGGCUCCUGGGCAACCUCCUGGCCCUUGGGCUACUGCUGCGUUGCCGCCGCGGGCCCCGCGCUCGCCCCCCGUCCCUGUUCCACGUUUUGGUGUUGGCCCUGGUGGUCACCGACCUCCUGGGCACCUGCUCCGUCAGCCCUUUCGUCUUGGCUUCCUACCACCGCAACCUCACCUUGACUGCUCUGAGCCGAGGAGGACACAUCUGCCUCUACUUCGGCUUCUCCAUGAGCUUCUUCGGCUUGGCCACCAUGCUCAUCCUCUUCGCCAUGGCGCUGGAGAGAUGCCUGGCCCUGGGGCGACCUUACUUCUACCAACGCUUCCUCAGCCCCCGCACGGGGUUGGUGGCCCUGCCUGCCAUCUACACCUUCUCGGCAGCCUUCUGCUCCCUGCCCCUGGUGGGUUUUGGGAGGUACGUUCAGUACUGCCCCGGCACCUGGUGCUUCAUCCAGAUGCGCCUGGACCACUCCCGGCACAAGGGUGGGAGGGAGGCGUCCGGCUUGAACGUCACCUUCUCGCUGCUUUACGCCACCCUGCUCCUCUUCCUCAUCCUCUCCGUGCUCCUCUGCAACCUCAGCGUCAUCACCAACCUGGCCCGCAUGCACCGCCGUGGCCAGAAGACCCGUCGUGUGGCCACUCAGGAGCAGCCCCGGGCUACCGGCGGCUGCAGCCGGCAGAUGUUCUCCAUGGCCGAGGAGAUCGACCACCUCCUCCUCCUCUCCAUCAUGACCAUCACCUUUGUCAUCUGCUCCCUGCCCUUCACGAUCCGUGCCUACGUCAACAAGUUCAGCAGGGAAGAGGACAACCAGGAGCUGGAUCUCUUGGCCAUGAGGUUUCUCUCCAUUAACUCCAUCGUUGACCCUUGGGUCUUUGCCAUCCUGAGGCCCCCGGUCCUGCGGGUCCUGCGCUCGGUGCUGUGCUGCCAGGUGACCCCCAGACAGAGCCCAUCCCCUGCAAAGACAAAACUGGCAGCACGGAGGGACCCCUGUGGGCAGUAGAACCUUUGGACAUCAUUCCAGGAGGGAUCUGCCAGGGGAAGCAGAGCCCUGGUGGAUCCAUACAAAGCUCUGCCUUGCCGGCCCAGGAGGAGAUGUGUGGGCUGGGUUGGGUUGGGGUGGCCUGCACUGAUGUUUUGGAAGCCCUGGGUGGUGUCUUGCAGGGGGAAAAAUAUGAUGGGACAAUAUUGGAAGGGCUGAUGAGGACUUUGGUGGAUUUUGCUGCAGCCA